AUGAUCGACUUUACAUUACCGGAGACACCCGUAACAACGAGCGGCACAGAAGAUGGGCCGAAUCAGCCUCGUCUCGCCAGCAUGAUGACAGGUUGGGACCGGAUCAUAAGGACCGCUCCGUGGGCCACCAGCUUCUACGGCGCCUCGUCCGAACUGUCCUUUAUCUUACGAACGCUUGAGAUGUUCCAGAAGCACGAGUCAAAUCUACACCCCCAAAGGUUUGCUGUGGUCGCUGGUUUGUUCGAUCUCCCUAUGCCUGCACAGAUGCACCUGGACUCAUUGCAAAAUAGAGCUCUGCCCUCGCGGACCACUGCGCUCUUGCUGGUAGAAGCACUGUUUGCAAGAUGUCACCCGCUGCUAACAUUUCUACAUGAGCAAGAUUUCCUAGAGAUGGUAAAUCUUACUUAUGAGUUGAACCCCUCGCCUAACCCAGCAGUGGAUCGUUUUCUCCCCCUUCUCCAUUUUGCUUUCGCAUUAGGCUACUUGUUCAAGUUACAGUACCACCGAGACGAUGGUUGUCAUAACGUCCUUGGAGAAGCGGCGAAACAAUUCCACGCUGGCCAUGGCAUGAUGGAGUUCGCUUACAAUAAUGAUUUGACGUCCCUCCAAAGCCUCCUCUGCGCCAUUGUAUUCUUAUUCUCAACUUCUCGAGUCACUUCAGCCCAUCCACUUAUUGGCAUAGCCUGUUCCACCGCUCUUCGCCUGGGCUUGCACUCUGGCGUGAAUGAGGAUCUCCAACUAGCUGCACAUGAACGUAAAGCCAGAACUUUAGUUUUGGCCGCGGUUCUCAGAUUGGACAUAUAUGCGAGCCUCAUUCUGGGUCUUCCUCCUUUCAUCCAGAGAGACACAGUAGACCUGUCACCCAUCACGCUCCUCAUGUCCACGAGCGAGAAAGAGCGUGACUUCGAAACGGCAGUGACCCUCAAACAUCUCAGUCUCCUUGAGAUUACCCGGUCGAGCCAGAAACAGGUCUUUUCAAAGGAGCACAGCACCGACCAACCUGCCGAGUCUAUUGAUAUCAAACAUUUCGAAGAUGCCGAGAGAGCUCUUCGCGAUUGGAAGGAAAGCCUAUCCCCAUUGUUGGCACAGUUGGGCGACAGCAAGAAGCAUACGAUCGCCAAGUAUGAGCUCGAGAUGAGCUACAAAUUCGCACAGAUCGUCGUGUUCCGGCCGCUCCUGCACUACCUACGAAUCAUGGCGGAUGGAGGCAAGAUCUCGCUGGCGCAGUCGCAAUAUGCGCUCGCGUGCAUCAAGCUGGCGUCGACCACGAUUCUACGAUCGGAGGAAAUGAUCAAACAAGGAGGCGUGGUCCACCCUGGAUCGUGGACAACCGUCUACACCAUCCUUCUAUCUGUGAUGUGUUUGAUCUUCCUCAUUGCUGCCCACAAUGGUACCUCACAGCCUAGCGAGGCAUGGCAAAGAGCUGCAGCCGGGAUCAGGCUGAUCGCCACCUGUAAAUGCGUCGACAAUUGCUCCUCUGCUGGUUUACUCGUCUUAAAGAUGCUCAUCAGUGAACUCUCCCACACUGUCGAUUUCGACAUUGACCGAAUUGAAUCUUCGGUGAUCCGCCUCUGCCAAGCCAGUGUCGAAGACCACCAAUUCAUGCAGCAGCGGCACCAGCACAUUUCGUUUACCCCUCUGUCAGAUCACCUAGACACCUUUCCCCUGGGCAUGAGGACGCCACUGAUGGAAAAAGUCGAAAGUGCUUACUUGGUCAACGGCGAUCCGCAGAAUGAAGCCGACAAAAUGUUGGCACAGGCGGAGGAAUUGCCUAUGGAAUUUGGCUUCAACGAUUUAUUGAACCUGGAUGAUCUGUUGGAUGUCCAAGAGGGAUUCGCCGACCGUUGA